AGACGGCUUGAUGGUGACCAGCUGAUGACUUACGGAAAUGUUUUGCUUCAUGCGGGCUCUCUCCCUUGUUCUCGUUUCAGUCGUUUAAUGCAUUCUGCUGGCACUGGUUGCCAGCGUCAACUCGUCGAUCAAGUGGUGCGUUCCAGUGCGAUCCGGUACGGGGCUGACCCACACAACAGUCCACAGCACCACCUUGAUGCCGAGGCUGCAGCAAGAGCAGUCUAGCCAUGGACUCCAGCCACAUAGCCGUGAGAAUGGGUAAGUCUGACGACAGAUAAGCCAUCGCCUCGAUAAGAUAACCCAAAGGGGUGGGAUAAAUCAGCUUCUUGGCUGGAUACCAUCCCAGUUGGUGGCAAGAUGCCGAUCUAUGCUCUGCCAUCACUAUGCCCACCAAGAUCACAGCGGUCUGGACAAAAUGUGCCACUUGACCAAUCGUCUGCUCACUGUUAUCUUGGCUAAGUCACAUUAUUUGUUUUUUGCUCUAUAUUUCGCUACGAUAGCACGUAGUCCCUCGCCCUCUGGAGCUUCCCAGUCUUCAUAUGGCAGCUUUGGAUCAACCGAAGAUAUUGUUCACAUUCGCAUCGACGAGGAUUGCGGAGUCAGCGAAUCCACUCCCUUGCUGGCGGCUACUCAGAGGUCCAGCAAGUCGCCCCCAUCCUCUCCAGCCUUCACCACAUCGCCCUCCCCCCGAAGCCGAGUCCUCACAAAAGACUGCCUUAAUUGGCAAUCUGUGGUGUUUCUGGUCAUGUGCGCCUCCGCCUUGGGACUGGCCGCGUAUUUACUCUGGCGACAAACCCAAAUGUCGGACCUUGGCUAUCGGCUCAGUCUCGUCGAGCAUGAUAUAUGGUCGGAAAUGGAUCUGCAGGGUCGGGGAACUCCAUUGGAUGCGACCAAUGUCUUCACCGUGUUGUUCACCCACACGGAGAGCGAGGAAUGCCGUGAGGAUUGUCCGGAGGUGUUACACAAACUGCAGAGCUCCCUUUUGGAGGAACUGCCCUACAAUUUUCUGAUCACCGGCGACUGUCAGGCCUAUAAGAUAUAUGGAUGGGAGUAUCAGAGCCACUUCUCAAAGGAUCUGCCGGGAAGUAGUUACCUAGUAAUUGCCUUUGUGGGCAACUUUGACCGCACUUCGCCCAGUGAUUGCCAACUGAAGGCGGCUCAGGCUCUGAUCCUGGAAUCCCUGAAACGCAAGAAGCUGCAACCGGAUUACGAACUACUCGUGGUGGGCAACCAUGCGGAGGCACUGCAGCGGGAGCUCCAGCACUGGCCACGCUAUGCCAGCCACCGCAGGAUCAAUUGAAUGAAAGCACGGGUUCCA